AUGGGCAGCGCCAGCCCAGGCCUGAGCACCGUGUCCCCCAGCUGUCUGCUGCUGUCCCCCGACGGGGUGCUGCGGACAAGCAUGGAGAAGGGGGCGGUGGGGACAGUGGGUCCCGAGAAGCGAGCCUGGAGCCCCAGCCCGCCCGCCACGCCCGAGCAGGGCUUGUCCACUUUCUACCUCUCCUACUUUAACAUGCUGUACCCAGAGGACGGCAGCUGGGCGGCCAAGGGCCCGGUGGCUAGUGUGAAGGAGGAGCCACCGGAGGAGCCAGAGCAGUGCCCUGUCAUCGACAGCCAGGCCCCCGGGGGCAGCCUGGAUGAACACUCCCUGGAGCAGGUGCAGUCCAUGGUGGUGGGCGAGGUCCUGAAGGACAUUGAGACUGCCUGUAAACUACUCAACAUCACCGCAGACCCCGGGGACUGGAGCCCCAGCAACGUGCAGAAGUGGCUGCUGUGGACCGAGCACCAGUACCGGCUGCCGCCCGCGGGCAAGGCCUUCCAGGAGCUGGGAGGCAAGGAGCUGUGCGCCAUGUCGGAGGAGCAGUUCCGCCAGCGCUCACCCCUGGGCGGGGACAUGCUGCACGCCCACCUGGACAUCUGGAAGUCAGCGGCCUGGAUGAAGGAGAGGACCUCGCCCGGGGCCAUCCACUACUGCGCCUCCACCAGCGAGGAGAGCUGGACGGACAGCGAAGUGGACUCGUCCUGCUCGGGGCAGCCCAUCCAUCUGUGGCAGUUUCUCAAGGAGCUGCUGCUCAAGCCCCACAGCUACGGCCGCUUCAUCCGCUGGCUCAACAAGGAGAAAGGCAUCUUCAAGAUCGAGGACUCUGCGCAGGUGGCCCGGCUGUGGGGCGUGCGCAAGAACCGCCCGGCCAUGAACUACGACAAGCUGAGCCGCUCCAUCCGCCAGUAUUACAAGAAGGGCAUUAUUCGCAAGCCUGACAUCUCCCAGCGCCUCGUCUACCAGUUUGUACACCCUGUCUGAGGUCUGCACCCUGCCCCAGGCCUCAGCCUGGCCCAACCCUGAGCCAGAGGCUGCUGGCAUCCCAGGGAGGAGCCACCCCUGCUUGAGGGACACACGAUUCUCUGGGACUCUGGGCAAGGGUGCUUCCUUCCCAGACCAUACUGUUCUGUCACGGUUCCCUGGAGGAUCAGAGGGAGCCACGGCCGCUCCCAAGGAGAGGAUUUCUGCUCACUGAGCCUUGGAAGUCCCAAAGCAGUGCCUACAGCAAGGCAGGGUCUCCAGCGAGGCCCCUCACAAGGCAGCAUUGUCUCUAUUCCAUACCCCUGCCACCCAUCCCUGUAUUGUACCUGGCAUGGUGCUAGGAGAAGUAUGCACCCUGAGUUUGGGAG